AUUCAUUUCAUGUUUAAUCCAUUUGUUUGAAAAUUCGUCCAUCUUGUUCUUGUCCCCAAAAAAAACUUGUUUUUCCCUUCUCUAUCACAAUUACAGCAUCUGGUCAUCUGGAAACAUCAUACACUGUUUGUUUAAAGCUGAUAACUUGUGGGUUUCUUCUUCAUUUCAUCAUUUUAUCCAUUUCCCAACUGUUUGAACAACCUCUAAUAUGAAACAAAAACUGUAACAAUUUCAACGUCGACCAAGAAAUCAUGAAAUCUUCAGCAGUCAUUCUCUGCAUAAUCUUGGUCUUUGUUCCUUUGUCUCAAUCUCUUCCCUUUAUUGUACUCCAUGGAAUUGGAGAUCAAUGCAAAAAUCGUGGAAUGAAGCAGUUUACUAAGCUCUUGAGUGAGUGGUCAGAAUCAGAAGGAUAUUGUAUAGAAAUUGGUAAUGGAUCCUGGUUUUCCUGGUUUAAUCCUCUUGAAGAUCAGACACAAAUUGUUUGUGACAAGGUGAAGAAAAUGAAAGAGUUGAGUAAUGGUUACAACAUAGUUGGUCUGUCCCAGGGCAACUUGAUUGGGCGAGGUGUUGUGGAAUUUUGUGAAGGAGGGCCUCCGGUUAGGAACUUUGUCUCAUUGGGGGGGCCUCAUGCUGGCAUUGCUUCUGUUCCUCUUUGUGGUGCUGGUUUUUUCUGCGAGCUUGCAGAUGUGCUUAUCAAAUCUGAGAUUUACUCAGAUUACGUUCAGGCUCAUUUGGCUCCCAGUGGUUAUCUUAAAAUCCCAAAUAAUAUGGAUGGCUACUUAGAAAAGUGUAGGUUUCUCCCAAAACUUAACAAUGAAAUUCCAGAGGAGAGAAACUCAACUUACAAGGAACGUUUCAGCAGCUUAAAAAAUUUGGUGCUGAUUAUGUUUGAGCAUGACACGGUUUUGGUACCUAAAGAAACCUCUUGGUUUGGAUACUAUCCAGAUGGCGCUUUUAGCCCUUUGCUAGCACCUCAGGAGACAAAGCUGUACACUGAAGAUUGGAUUGGUUUAAAAACCCUUGAUGUUGCUGGUAGAGUUAAGUUUGUUAGUGUGGCUGGGAAUCAUCUUGGAAUCUCACAUGAAGAUAUGAAAAAACACAUUGUUCCCUACUUGAAGAGUCAAGAUGAGAAGUACAGUUAUAAGUUCAAGAUUGCGCGUGGAUUGCUUACAAGAAGGCUGAAAACUCAAAUUCAUGAGAGUUGAUGAUGGAAGUAUUUAUCCAUAUACAGCUGUGGCCAUUGUUAAUCACUGAUUUCUGUAAUUAGCUAGUGGGGAUUUUGCAGGAUCAGUGAAUUCAUGUGAUUAUUAUAGACCACGGUCCUUUACAAUUGGAUUGCAAUAUUCUGUGUAUAAACUAUUGAAAUUAUACAUAUCAUCAAACUCCUUUAGGCCAGAAAUUUCCUAAUCAGUUGUUAGCAAAGUCUCUUAAUACAAGAGAAAAUGAAUGCUGUCUUCUUUCAAUUGACAAGAUAUAUACUGAAGUACAUUAAUUAUGUAUACAAAGUAUUCCAUACUCUGUUUUAGCUAA